AUGGCGCGUGCGGCUCAAACGUGGCAACCACUGAAGUAUCUAAGGUUUGAGCGAGUCCGACUACGCCCCGCGCUUGAACUGCUGGAGCGCGUCCCCGAGCUGCCAUCAGCCAGUUCGAAAGACGAUGACGUUGUCAAUAUCAUAGAUCUGGGUGCUGGCACGGGGAAUAUGGCCCCUACCUUCUUUAAACGGUGGCCAAAGGCACACGUAACAUUCGUGGACUCGUCAGCUUCCAUGUUGGAGCGUGCGCAGCAGGAGCACAGAGCCAAUGACAGUGUGAAGAGCGAGCAGUGCACGUACGUGGAGGCUGACUUCGAAAGCUUCCAGCCUGACAAGCUUGUGGAUCUCAUUUUCUCCAACGCUGCACUCCACUGGGUGAGCUCGGAGCGCCACAAACAGCUCCUACCUCGGUUGCUUUCGCUCCUGAAGCCUAGAGGAACUCUGGCUUUCCAGAUCCCAGAUACACGUCUACAACCGAGUCACCAGCUGAUCGCUGCAGCAGCGAAGCAAGUGGGGCAUUGGGACAGUGUUGCUGAUGUGCGUUGGGUCACAUGUGAACGUGAUCCAGGCUUCUACUACGAGCUGUUUAAGAGCGUCGACAAGGACGUAGAGCUGGACAUGUGGGCGACGGUGUAUGCACAAGUGCUAGAGGGAGACAACCCAGUCGCCGAUUUCGUGGGCUCUACUGGGCUUCGUCCCUUCAUGGAGGCGCUGGGUGAUCCGUCCACUGCAGCCUCGGAGUUCGAGCACAGGUACCGCGAGCUGAUCGCUGCGACGUAUCCGAAGCAAAGCGAUGGACGCGUUGUCUUUAAUUUUAAGCGCUUCUUCGUCGUAGCUACGAAGACUCGAGGGGAAUGA